AUGCGCGGCGCUCGGGCGGACAUGGCGGCGGCGCUAUGUGGCGGCGCGCGGGGCCGGCUGCUGUGGUGGCUGCUGGCGGCCGCGGCGCUGGCCCCGCGGCCGGCUCGGGCCCUGAUCGAGGGCCUGUACUGCGGGCGGCAGGUGUGCUACGACGUGCUGGGCGUGAGCCGGGCCGCGGGCAAGGCCGAGAUCGCCCGCGCCUACCGGCAGCUCGCCCGCCAGUACCAUCCGGACCGGCACCGCGGGGAGCCGGCCGGGCCCGGCGGGGAGACCCUGCAGACGGCGCACGAGAAGUUCCUGCUCAUCGCCACCGCCUACGAGACCCUCAAGGAUGAAGAAACACGUAAAGAUUAUGACUACAUGUUGGAUCAUCCUGAAGAGUAUUACAGCCAUUAUUAUCACUACUACAGCAGGAGAUUGGCACCUAAAGUGGAUGUCAGGAUAGUGAUUCUAGUCACUGUAUGUGCUAUCUCCGUGUUUCAGUUCUUCAGCUGGUGGAGUAGCUAUAACGAGGCCAUCAACUACCUAGCUACAGUGCCAAAAUAUCGUAUACAAGCGUCUGAGAUUGCCAAGCAACAGGGCCUACUGAAUAGGGCUAAAGAAAAAGGCAAAAACAGACGGUCUAAGGAAGAAAUCCGUGAGGAAGAGGAAGAAAUAAUCAAAGACAUUAUCAAAAAUAAAAUAGAUAUAAAAGGCGGCUAUCAGAAGCCUAAAAUAUAUGAUAUCCUUCUAUUCCAAAUCCUCUUAGCUCCUUUUUACUUAUGCAAGUAUAUAGCUUGGUAUUGUUGGUGGAUUUAUUGUUUUAAUAUUAAAGGGCGAGAAUAUGGUGAGGAAGAGAAGCUGUAUAUCAUACGCAGAUACAUGAAAAUGUCACAGUCUCAGUUUGACACUCUGGAAGAUAAUCAGAGAAAGACUUUUCUGGAACGGCAACUAUGGAUAAGAGAGAACUAUGAGGUCUACAAGCAAGAACAAGAGGAAGAGCUAAAGAAGAAGAUGGCCAUGGACCCUCGAUGGAAGAGAUAUAGACGGUGGAUGAGGAAUGAAGGACCUGGAAGAUUAACGUUUAUUGAUGACUGAAGGCUGCUGAACAAUGUGCAGUACUGAUAAACCUGACUUGCAAAAAAAUUUCAUAACUAAAUUUUCAGAGUUUUAUCUGCUGUGCCUCGGCAGUGAUCUAAAACUCAGGAAUAAUUUCAUCAGGCAGAAAAUUAGUACAAGUUUACCAUUUUUAUAAAUAAAAGUGAAUCUGUUAAACAGAGACUUAGUUCAUUGUUUAUCUUCUACUUGCUUGUGGAGCUGGAGUUCAUUGUUUAAAAAGUGUU